GCCAGUAGCACUCAGCCACAGUGCCACCCGUGGAUAUAAAAGCAGCAGUGAACAGAUAAACGGGCAGUUCCUGCAUCACUGCAGUCAUGGAGAGUCCACAGAGAAGAGCAAACGAAUGUGUCAGCGGAGCCUAUUCGAAAUUUGCACUAGGGGGACCCACUUGGCCCAACACUCGGCUGGUGAUACUGGGUCUGGGACUGCUGAAUGCUAUUCUGCUGAUAGUUGCUGUUGUGAUUGGGAUAAACUGUGCCAAAGUUAAAGAGAGCUCCUCUCAGGUCUCCCACUCAGCUGCAACACAGCUCAUCAGCGAGCUGAACGAUCUCAGGGGCAACCACAGCGACAUGCUGGAGGCCUCAGAGGACGCCAAGGCAGAGUUAAGGAGUGCCAUCAAAAAGUAUGCACAAGUACAGGUGACAACUCAGCAGCUGACGGACAGCAAUAAGGAUUAUCGGAGACAGGUUGAGACCCUGCGAGUGGAGAACACGAGUCUGCAGUCUAAUGUGUCAGUUUUAGGGGCUACCUGUGGUAGAUGCCUCCCGAACUGGACUUUUCGCAACUCCUCCUGCUACUAUUUUUCUUGCGUCCAAUCCACUACUGCUAAAAAGAACUGGCAUGAUAGCAGACAGGACUGUAUUAGUCGGGGAGCCGACCUGGCUAUGAUUGACAACCAGAAGGAGCAGAAAUAUGUGACUAACGGCAUCAGAAGUUUUUUCGGCCAGGGCAACUGGAUGAAGGGAUCGUGGAUCGGCAUCACUGACACAGUGAAAGAGGGGACAUGGGUCUGGGUUAAUAAUGUCACUGAGGUGGAAAAACGGUACUGGAAGGAUGGAGAACCAAACAACCAUGGACCUCAGGGAGAGAAUUGUGUGUGUAUUGUUUACGCUUCCACGAAUCCCUGGAAAACCUGGGUUGAUGCAAAAUGCGAAGAACAUAAGUUAAACUGGAUUUGUGAAAUGCCAUCAAACUAGACUCUCUACACACCCCUGAUGUUCUGCUCAGAUACAAAACACAAGCAAAUGAUUGAAACUGUCCUAAAUUAAACACCUUUAAGAUGUGUGCCAUGACUCUGGGCAUUUUGUUAAUCUCUAUACUGUUAUGCUGUUUAUAUCUUUAUAUUUUCCUUGCGUUUACAUUGCAUGUGUACUUAUAACUUUACUGAUGUCUGUCUUGUCUUAUCUUAUCUUGUUCUGCAGGAGAUUAUACUUAUUAUAUACAACAAUAUAGCAGGGCAUCACAUAUUGACAACAUUAAAGAAGGUGUAAUAUGAUCAAUGAUUUAUUUGACCACAUACACAAACAGUUUCUGUAAAUUCAAUGAAUAAAUUGUUUCCAUGCUGCUA